CAGGGAGUGAUGACGGAGACAUCUUUACGGAUUAUUGCACACCUGGAUUGUGUAAAUAUACGGGUGGAGAUGGAAUGCAUUCCGGAUGUCGUGAUGGUAUUCUUCAUAAUGGUAAAUUUCAAUAUCCACCAUGUCCUGACAAUGCAGAGAUUAUACCAUUAACAGAAUCGGAUAAACAGGAUAUAUUAGAUUUUCAUAAUGAACAACGAAAUUUUGUUGCCUGUGGUGGACUUUACAAAGAGUAUGGCAUAAAACCUGGAUGUCGUCAUGGCGUUAUUACAUGGGAUAAAGAACUGGAGAAAACAGCUUUUCUUCAUACUUCCUAUUGUACGUUUGCGCAUGACAAGUGUCGAAAUACUCUCAAAUAUCCUUUUUCUGGACAAAAUCUUGGCAUAUUAACGUAUGUGGGUAAACAUCUUAAUGCAACGGCUUACGGUAAUGUCAUAUCAUAUCUGUGGUACAUAGAAUAUAGAUUAACUGUAAUGGCCAUGAUUGACAGUUACUAUCAUCAAACAAAAGUAAUGGUAGGACAUUUUUUGACUUCCUUAAAUGAGCGCAAUAAUCGUAUAGGUUGUACUUGUGCUAAAUUUUAUUUUGCCGAGAAAAAAAAGGAAGCUGUUAUGCUGUCUUGCAAUUAUCCCACAACAAAUAUAGCCAGAAGUACCAUAUAUAAUAGCUGUAAAGUGCCCGCCUCGAAAUGCACUACGGGUACUGAUCCGAAAUACAAGUUUUUGUGCUCAACAAAGGAGGAAUAUGAUGUUAAGGGGAAACUAGCAUUGAUUCCAUAUGAUGGUGAUGGAAGUGAGGAAUUUAACAACUGUGGCAGACAACCAGAGAUGUUGCAUUUAGAGCGUGAAGGAAGAGAAGAAGUUCAGAAACAGGAUAAAGUAUUCUCUCCAUCGAAACCAACAACUACUGUAGAGAAACCGCCAGUAGCAACUACAAAAAAACCUGAAGUGUUAACGACACCAAAACCUGGAGGUGGUGCAACUACUGGCAAACCGGUCAUAGGGAAACCUAUUAAUGGAAUUGAUGGUAGUAAUCCUGCAGCAGGUGGGAUUCCAGAUUAUUCGGAAGAUGAAUAUGAUCCUCCUGAUAGCAGUUUUGCGGUACCUUGUCAAGAACGUAAUUUUCUAAAUAGUCUCUCAAUGUUAGUUGUUUUAUUUAAUUUUAUUCAGUUGCUGUUUCCCUUACUAAAUCUGAGGAUAUAUUUAUAUUUGUCUUGCCAUUUGUAA